AUGGGUUGUGGUAGUAUCCAAAAUAAUUUCAACGACCAGGCCAAAGAAAGCCCCGAAGCUCACCGUCCUUAUCCAGCCGAUGAAAGAAAUAAAUUACCUAAAGUCGUUUUAAGUUCAUUUGACUCUAUACUUCAAAAAGGAACUGGAAAUAAGAAGCCAAAGCCAGCUAUUAAGACACAAAAAAGCACUAAAACCGAAGAUCUAUCUUUUGAUCAAACUACUUUAAACCAGUUAAACAAAGAAGACCAAAAAAUUGAGAGCCUCGAAAAAGAAACGAUUAAUGAAAUCCCCGAGCCUAAAAUAGGAGCUUUUAUUGAAGAAAAAAAUGAACAAGACGAGGGUAAAAAGAUUGAAAUUGUUGACACUAGCAAAGUUACAGACGAUGGAAGGAUUAGCCCUGGUGCGCCAAAAAUUGAAGACAUGUAUGAAGAAAGUGAAGAGGUAGAAAAUGUCGAUGUUGAGAGGCUCAAAAGUGAGAGAGCACAGAAGGAGCUUGCUGCUCAAGAAGAAGCAAAGGCAGCAGUAGAAAGAUUAAAAGAACAAGAAAAUGCAGAUAUAGCAGAAAAGAAAGAAAAAAUCGAUGCAAUGGAAGGAGAAGCUUUUACAAUUUUAUCCAAGUAUACAUAG